CCCGCAACGCGCGCCAUGGAAGAGGCUAACCUCUCUGCGGCCACUACCGGCGUCGCUCUUCCCCUGGGACCCGAGGCCUGCAGCAGCAGCCCAAGCCCGGGCGGGGUGGCGGGAUCAACCCCAGGCGGCCCCUCCCUGCCUGGCCGAGAGCCUCUCUUCUCCGUCUUCACCGUGCUGGUGGUGACGCUGCUGGUGCUGCUGAUCGCUGCCACCUUCCUGUGGAACCUGCUGGUUCUGGCCACCAUCCUGCGAGUCCGCGCCUUCCACCGUGUGCCGCAUAACUUGGUGGCCUCGACGGCCGUGUCGGACGUGCUAGUGGCCGCGCUGGUGAUGCCCCUGAGCCUGGUGAGCGAGCUGUCUGCUGGGCGACGGUGGCGGCUGGGCCGGAGCCUGUGCCACGUGUGGAUCUCCUUCGACGUGCUGUGCUGCACCGCCAGCAUCUGGAACGUGGCGGCCAUCGCCUUGGACCGCUACUGGACCAUCACGCGCCACCUGCAGUACACGCUGCGCACCCGCCGCCGCGCCUCGGUGCUCAUGAUCGCGCUCACCUGGGCGCUUUCCGCGCUCAUCGCCCUCGCGCCGCUGCUCUUCGGCUGGGGCGAGGCGUACGACGCUCGGCUCCAGCGCUGCCAGGUGAGCCAGGAACCCUCCUACGCCAUCUUCUCCACCUGCGGCGCCUUCUACCUGCCGCUGGGCGUGGUGCUAUUUGUCUACUGGAAGAUAUACAAGGCGGCCAAGUUUCGCUUCGGUCGCCGCCGCAGGGCUGUGCUGCCGCUGCCCGCCACCGUGCAGGUGAAGGCGGCACCUCAGGAGGCAGAGAGGAUGUUCACGGUGCGUGGGCCCCGGGGGUCCUCGCAGACGAGCGGAGACUCGGGGCGGGAGCAGAAGGAGAAGCGGGCGGCGGUGAUGGUGGGUGUUCUCAUCGGCGUGUUUGUGCUGUGCUGGAUCCCCUUCUUCCUGACGGCGCUCAUCAGCCCCCUCUGUGCCUGCAGCCUGCCCCCCAUCUGGAAAAGCAUAUUCCUGUGGCUUGGCUACUCCAAUUCUUUCUUCAACCCCCUGAUUUACACGGCGUUUAACAAGAACUACAACAAUGCUUUCAGGAGCCUUUUCACCAAGCAGAGAUAAACCCAGGGCUUGGAGAGACACGUGGGUAGGGUUGUCGGGAGGGAACUGGAACUUUUCCCCUUCACCAGUGGUCUGGGCAGGAACCUUCCCCCAACAGCUGAGCAUCAAUGGUGUUUGGGAACCAUCCCAUCUGGGCCUGGACUGAAGGAGCCAAAGGCACAUCUUUUCUCUCUGGCCCAAAUUAACCUGACACCACCAAAAUAUUCUAAGAGAUAACUGUAUUAAAAUUGUGCAAAGAAAUAGUACCCAUAGCAUUUACAUCCUGAAACCGGUACCUGGUUUAUACCCGAUAAAAAUCAAACAAGAGCACGUAAAGUAGCAUGCACAGAGUUCAGAGAAAAUCAGGGUGACUAAAAGGGGAAAGAAAGGCAAUUAGGGACAGGAGACAUCCUGUAAAGCAGGACACUCCAACGACAUCUCCUGCAGGAGGCUCUGAACGCCGAGUCACUGGUAGGAUGGAUACAGCGCGGCAUCUCGGAUAGGCUGCAAGGUUAGCUGCUGCUCUGGUAAAUUUCCAGAAUAUAAUGUGAGGUAGUUUUCAGUAAAGAAUGUAAAGCAGUGGUCCCUGACUACUCAUCAUAAAACUGCAGCCAUCACCACCAAACCAGACAUUCCAGAUCCUUCUGCGAUAUAGUUUAAGCAUUUACCUGUUUGCUUUUCCCACUGGAGUGUAGCUUUAGGAAGACAGGUCCCUUUGCCUGCCGAGGACACUAAUGUAUCACUGGGGCCUGAACCAGAGCAGGAGCUCAAACAUUUGUUGGUUGAAUGAAUGCGUGAACAGAGAUCUAGUUUUCUCACGGAAUAAGAAAUAUGGAGGCAAGCAGUGCCCAGGUUGGUUCGGAAGCUUGUCCUGCCUUCAGGGAGCCAGGAUCUUUACAGCCUUUCGCUUUGCUGAGCUCUGUGUGCCGGGAUGUCACUCCUCAUCGGCUCAAAAUAGUGAAGGCUGCUCCGGCCAUCUCGUCCUUCCCCGUCCAACCUGCGACAACCUGCUCCCCUCAUGCAUCUCGUGCUGACUACCAGUAGGAAGGUGUCCUCCCUACUGGCCAUGACUGGGCUAUGCGUCUGUAAAUUGAUUCCUGAACAGAAAUGAGUUCUCAUCACUGUUUUAGAAUAGCAGACAUGAGUUCUGCUGGUCAGGAAAGGGGUGGGGAGAGGAUCAUGCACACACAGCGGGUUUCCACACAAUACAGGCACGGCUUGCCUUGGACCCUGGCUCAGGGGUACCACCUCCAUCUUUUGCAGCCCAACAGCCAGGGGCAAGGGGUCGUGUGGUGAAUCUCCCGAGACACAGGCACCCUUGAGCAGCCCUGGUCUGUUCCCAGGAUGCAGCCAUAUCACCAUCCACUUCCGCACCCGUCCCCCUCGUGGCCACCCUGACCCUCACCCAGUCAGAGCAGAACCACGCUCACUGCUCUGUCCCCCCAGAGCUGCUCCUCCAGAAGAGGAGAGCCCCUCUUUUCGCUUCCCUAUUUCCCCGGACUCCCAAGAAGAGGAGAGCUUACCUACUUUUGGCUCAAGGGUUUUCAAUUCCUCAGGAAAGCAGAUUUACUGAGCGAGAAUCUGAUGUCACGUUUCCAUUUUUUAAGAAAAGUAAGCAAAGUUAAAAUCGAAAAACUUCAUCUUGUUGAAUCCACAAUACGUGUACACGGUACAAAAGUCAAAAGGUACAAAAGGUCGACAGUGAAGAGUAAUUCCCAGCCCUCUUCCCAGGAGCCAGAGGUGCCCUGUGCACAUGCACGUGUAUAUACACACAGCCACAGACACACGUGUUUCUCCGCCUCCUUUCUCUUUUUAGAAGCAAACACAAGAGCCUCU